AUGCACCCAAAGAGCCGCUCAUCAGCUACCCUCUCUUACGUUCAACAUACCACCACUACUACUACAACGACAGCUAAUAAUACCACCGACACGUCAACUGCUACAACAACGACUUGCUCCAACUCCAACUCCAACUCCAACUCAUACACCCAACUGCGUUUACCGAAAAUGGACGCUGACGAUAAUAAUAGCAACAUGACACCAACCAACAACAGCACAUCAAUCAACAUGAAUGCGUCAAAGAGCUCAAAAGCACAAUCAUCCACAUCCACCAACAACAACAAUGAUCCUUUUCGGGAAAACGAUCAACAUCAUAGGAGAAUAACAAAAGACACGUCAAUCCAUCGCCAUGGCACGACAUCAUCAUCAUCAUCAUCUCCCAACCUAUCACGAAAGCCGACUGGUUUAAGACGACUAUCACGCGCUGGAAGUACAUUAUUUCGACCAAAGACGACCAUCGAACCCAAGAUUACAUUGGAAGAUAUGGGACCCGGUGAACGCAAUGCAUCAUUAUCAGCUGGCAGUGGAAGUUUGUUAUCAAAGUUAUCCAAAUCUACGGCACCGAUGCGUGCCAAGCUCUCGGCGAUUUCAGUGAACAACCUCGGUGUUUCGCUUCGACCUGAAUCAUCUGUGUCACUUUCCAUCCCUUUACGUCGUUCGGCUGAAAGCAUUUAUAGCCUGGCAAACAAUCACCAUGCAUCAUCAUCAUCAUCAUCAACCACAGGUGGUCAACAACGAUCCUCAUCUUCAUCUUCAUCAUCACGUCGAUUAUGUGGAGAACGUUCUCAUUCAUUCUCUUUCAGCAAUCCAACCUUGACAAGUACUACUACCAACGACUCGACUAUCAAUAGCACGUCAUCAGCAACAUCAGCAGCAGCAGCUAUCAUGAAGGAGCGUAUCCCUUUGGUGUAUCCAGCUUUGUUAUCCAAAGUAGCCGAGGCAUUCAGGGAUCGUGUUACGGUGGGUCCUCGGAUGAAAGAUAGCAUCGAGUAUCAAAAUGCAUUUGAUGGACGUGAAGCAGUGGACAAGUUGGCAUACAUUAUCAAGACGACGGAUCGUAAUCUAGCAGUACUUUUGGGUCGAGCAUUGGAUGCACAAAAAUUCUUCCAUGACGUCAAUUAUGAGCAUCGUCUACGUGAUUCGAGGCAUGAGCUAUACCAAUUUCAAGAGCGUAUCAAUGCAAUCCAAUCUUCAAGUAAUGCUGCACCUGAUAGCCCCGUUCCCAACAGCCCAGUACCCACUGAACCAGAAGACAUCGAAGAUCAUCGUUCAGACGUAGCCAACUUCCCCACCGCCACCACAUCGACGUCAUCCAACCCCUCCAGCAGCCGUGAUGAUACUCUUCCCAAUGGCGUGUUCACCGUGUUGACCGAUUGUUAUUCGCCUACAUGUUCACGUGAAGCACUCUGCUACAGCCCAUCUUGCCCUCGUCGUCUUGAACAGGCUCGUAGCUCUCGGAGUCGACACGCUCGAUCAAGUAGCAAAUCAUCAUUAUUGGCUGAAAAGGAAGACCGAUUAUGGAUUCGCACAGUGCCAAGGUCACUGAUUGAAUCAAUGACAAAGGAUGAGAUUCGACGACAAGAAAACAUUUACGAGCUUAUCUAUACCGAGAAGGACUUUGUGGAUGACCUCAUGUACCUCAAGAAUUUCUGGAUCAACCCCUUGCUAGACGAGCCUAUUAUCUCACCCUAUGAAGAAGAGCGACGUGAAUUCGUACAGCAAGUCUUUUGGAAUGUGAUGGAUGUGUACAAGGUCAAUUCUUCAUUAUUGCAAGCACUCCUCAGAAGACAAGCAGCUGGGCCAACCGUUUUCCAAGUGGGUGAUGUUAUGCUCAAGUACGUGGAGAAGUUCGAGCCUUUCGUACGAUACGGCGCCCACCAAGUCAUUGGCAAAUACGUGUUUGAAUCCGAGAAAUCAUCCAACCCUGAAUUCACGAUGUUUGUACAGAAAACAGAACGCCUCAAGCAUUCUAGAAAAUUGGAAUUGAAUGGUUACUUGACCAAGCCCACCACACGACUUGGACGCUACAACUUGCUUUUGCGCGAGAUUGUCAAGCACACACCACCCGAUCAUCCUGAUCAUAGCAACCUGGAAAAAGCCAUGACAAUCAUUGGAGAUUAUCUCACCAAAGUCAACCGUGAAACGGGCAAGAUGGAAAGCAAGCACAGCUUACACCUUUUGAACCAGCGAUUGAUCAAUCGUCAUGCAGCUGAUAUGGUUGAUCUUGGACUACAAGAUGAAGGACGACAACUUGUUAUGAAAGGCACACUUAAGAAGAAAGGAUCAGGCUCUGAGGCAUCCGAUGUGCAUUUAUUUUUGCUUGACCAUUAUCUUGUCAUCAUCAAGCAAAAGGUGAUCAACAAUGUGGAGCAGUGUAAAUUCUAUCGCAAGCCUAUACCAUUGAUGCUGCUUUUAUUGUCACUGCCUGAUCAAGCCAAACGAGCCAGUUCAAUUCUUCCAUAUAGCCGUAGCAGCAAAGAUUCAUUCACAUCCAUUGGCAGUCUUGAUAGCAUUAGCCCACCAUCACCACGACCCUCAACCUCCAAUACCACCACUGCAAGCAACCCUACAACUACUACUCCAACAACAUCAACAGCGAAUCAUUCGAGCACUACCAAGAGUGGAUACCCACUUAGCUUUUCGUAUCUUGGCAAGCAUGGUGCUGGCACAACCAUCACACUUUAUGCGGCCACUAUGGCUAUCCGACGACAAUGGAUUACCAAGAUCCAGCAGCAACAACAAGAGCUACGAGAGCAGACACGUGUACUUGAACCAGUUCUUGUGAAUGAUACCUUUUUCAGCGCAUUCAACCGUGUACGAUGUGCAGCUGUAUUUGAUCAUGGCAAAUCCAUUGCUUUUGGAAGCGAUCAAGGUGUCUAUGUCUUGAAAGACACAGGUGGUCUCGUACGCAUUUUGGCCAUUGAAAAAGUAUCCCAAAUUGAUAUUCUCGAUCGCAUCAUUUUGGUGUUGGCUGACAAGGUGCUCUACUCUUAUUCCUUGGAUACGCUAUUGACUGAACCGGAGGGUGGUCAACAUCAACAACAACAACUUAACAUUACCACCAACACCACCUCGGCAGCAGUAGCAGCAGCAGCUAAUCGACGUGGACGAAGAAUCAGUAGUCACGUGUCAUUUUUCAAGAUUGGCAAGAUCCAAGAUAGCAAAAUCAGUGAAAAGACCCUUGUGUGCUUUGUACGGCAAAAUGCAAUGUCAUCCACCAUCCGUGCCUUGGAGCCGCAUGAAACUUUGGAUCCAAAAAAGAAACACAAUCACCUUGGAAGACUGAUACGCAGCAAUCCCAAUGAUCCUCUCAAAGUAUACAAGGACUUGUACAUUCCCGGCGUAGCUUCUUCGAUUCAAUUCUUUCGCAAUAUUAUUUGCGUGGGAUGUCCCAAGGGAUUUCAAAUGGUCGACUUAGCAUCGACAGAGGUACAAAGUGUACUUGAUCCAAGCGAUGAACGCCAUUAUGCUAUCACUCAACGCGAAAACCUGAAGCCGAUCUCCAUGUUUCGUCAUGAAAAUGGCAACAUCCUUCUUUGUUAUAAUGAAAUCGCGUUUUAUAUCGAUAAGAAGGGAAGGCGGGUUCACGAGGACUGGAUGAUUACCUGGGAGGGUAACCCCGUGUCAUUCGCAUAUAGAUUCCCUUAUAUUAUUGCUUUUGAGCCUACGUUUGUUGAAGUGCGGCACAUGGACACGGGCCAUCUCUUACAAAUUAUCCCCGGCACCAAUAUCCGCUGUCUAAAACCUGAUGCACACAACACUAUUCACUGCGUGAUGGAUGAUCGUAUUACGGGCAAUGAAAUGAUCUUUGAGCUUAAGCUACUCUAG